CAAUCACAAUGAAGCAUGACUCCCACGUACACACAGGGAGGGAGAGGUGGAGGAAGGGAUGGAGGGAGAGAUGGAGGAAGGGAGUGAGGGAGGGAGGGUGAUGGACAGAUAGCUGGAGGAGAGGAUGAGAGGUAGAACAGAAAAGCAGUGACGCAGCAGUUGCCACAGUAACACGUUUGAAGGGGCCAUUAAAACAAAAGAACGCCUGCGAGAGAGUGAAAAACAGCCAGAUCAAAAAAUGUACAGAGAAGAAGCACUGCGCUGUUUUCGGAUCCGGAUAAACACCAACAUGGACGUGGGAACGUUCACGAAUGAUCUGAUGGUGGGAUCAGUGAACGGAGGAACCUACAUUAGGCUCAUCUCUCUCUCUCUCUCUCUCUCUCUCUUCCCCAAUCCUCUAGUCAGCACUAAGCUAAUAUGACAAACUGUUGAAGUAAUCACAGCAGAGCAGGAAAAAGAGCGAUGCUGCUCUCCUCCCCACAUCUCCCUCCCUCACCGCCUCGUUUUUCCCCCUCUCCGAGGCACAGCUCUUCCUUUCAUUGUGAGCAAUAAAAUGGUACUGCACACAAGCCAGAACGAGCGCUUGAGCGGAGGAGUGUAGGUUUCUGGAUCUUCUCCUUCUCGGGUACCAGGAGUACCUUUCGGACGUGUUUAUCGUUUCUUUCUGGUGGAGAGAUUAUAGGGACCCCCUCAGGACUCGGGGAGGAAAAAAAAAAACGGAUACGGACAUGAUAACGUCAAGACGACAGUCGACUACAUUUCAACCAGGAAGGCGCUGGUGCUGAAGAGGCGCUGGUGCUGAAGAGGACAGGACGCCCAGACGAGCGCCUGUGUGAAUGGUGUCCAGGCAGACACAUUGGUCACGAUGGCGUCCACGGGCACGCAAAUCUUCGGCUUCGUGCUUGCCCUCCUGGGCAUCCUGGGUGCCACAGUGGCCACACUUCUCCCCAACUGGAAGGUGAGCGCAGACGUGGGCUCGAGCAUACUCACUGUGAUCUCACAGAUGCAGGGCCUAUGGAUGGACUGCACUUGGUACAGCACUGGCAUGUUCAGCUGCACGCUGAAGUACUCCGUCCUGGCGCUGCCCGCGUACCUUCAGACGGCACGCACCACCAUGGUGCUGUCCUGUGUCCUGGCCGCACUCGGGCUCUGCCUGGGUUCGCUCGGGCUCAAGUGCACCCACUGGGGAGGCGGCCGGAAAGCAAAACGUCACGCCGCGCUGGCAGCCGGGUUCUGUUUCGUAGCCUCGGGGUUCCUCUGCCUGGUGCCUGCGUCUUGGUACACCAACGAGGUCAUCGCCAGCUUUCUGGAUGCCAGCAUACCCGAGAGCAACAAGUUCGAACCAGGCGGGGCGGUGUACGUCGCAUUCGUCUCGUCUGGUUUCCUUCUCGCCGGCGGCUUCAUCUUCUGCCUGUCGUGCUCGGGCAAACGCCACGGUCCUCAGGAUCUCGUCCUGCUGCCUCCGGAUAAACUGUUACUCCAGCAGCAGCAGCAACUCCUCCAGCAGCAGCACUUAGACCAGCUCCAGCACCAGUACUGCACUCUCUCACCUCUGGAUAAUAAGACAGGGUAUAGCCUGCAGGACUAUGUGUAAAGGAAAUUGCGCCCCUUUCUCCUCCUCCUCCUCUUAUUCUACAAGCACAAAAUGGUGGAGGAAUUUCCAAAGUUUGCGAACGGACCAGUUGUGAUUAACUGCAGCGAUGUCUAAACGAGCGGACAGUUAAUAAAACAGCUGAGUAAAUUAAAUGUCUCCUGGGAAGUGGAUUCGUUAGAUAAAAAAUAAAAAUAAAAAAAAACACAACUAGGGAUGCAUCAAUACCCUCUAGAAAAAUCAACUUAGUAUUUAUAAACCAAUCAGCAGUGUUCGGCAAUGGUCUCUGUAGAAGUCGACGGAAUCGUCAGUCUAAAAUCGAUAUUGAUAGUUUUUCCAGGUUGCGUUAUACAGUACGAGAGCGGCCUCUAGAGGCGAAUCAUUGACACCAUGUGCUGUGUCUCUUUUUUAAUACAUUUUGGAUAUAAAUUAUUUUAAGUACUACGUUUUAUCAUAUUUCUUUCAUUGACCACAUUUUCAUGAUUCAGUACUUAUUUUUUAAACAAAGUUCAGUACUAUUUUAUCAGUGUUUUUUUUUUUUAUCCAGUAUCCAUUUGAAAAACUAUCAGCUGAUAAAUCGGUUAUCGGCAAAUAAGAUUUAACCUAACUAUCGGUUAACCUAACUAUCGGUAUAAUUUUGGCGCUGUUUAUGCUUCCCUGAUAUAGAAAAAUUCACACACUUUUACCGAUAGACAGCUAGCGGGGUUUUGUGUGCAGUUAAUGAGAUACUAUAUGUAGCGUGUUUUGUUCGCAUUUCUGCACCAAACAAUAAUUUUGCAUGCAUGUACUAUAUAUUGUUAUUCAAAGAGCAUUAUCUGUAGAAACUUUUGCUCGGAUGAGUUUUGAUGUUUACAAUUAUUAUGGACUUGUAUUGAAAAUCCUCCUAUUGCUUGUUCUUCACAGUUUCUUAACUGACCAUUACCGCGUCUAGAUCGUUGCUCGGUCGUUACACAGAGCACUUUGGAACCUUCAUGUGGUGUAACGUGCAAUCGGAGGGAUAUUUUGUUACAGACUCGAGUAUGCACGUGAUACGGGACCAAUACAAACGGAAGUAUCGAUGCAUCCCUAGACGUGACACCCCCCCUCCCC